UCACAUUCUGUUGCCUUCCUAUAAUAGCAUAUUUACAUAAACAUAAUGCAGUCUUUUUUUUUUACAUGGAAGCAUUUUGAGUGUGGCAGUUCUCUUUUGGUCUAGCUGGCUUCCCGUCAUAAAGAGGAGGAGGAGUGGAAGGGGGUUUAUUCAGGGUGAGGAUCUGACCCCAGAUGAACCGGUGAGCUGCUGCUGCUGGGGGAGGAGAUGCCGGAGAGAUGCAAAGGGUCUGAGGGGCUCAAACAGCUCCAACGACUGCACCGCUUCAGGUUUCAUUUGUCCGCUCCUCACAAAGUUUUAGAGAAGACGUGGAGCCCUUACAAAACAGUUCAACCUUCUGGCUGGGUGUAGUUUGACCAUGACUGCUCAGACAGCGGGAGCUCUGUUUCAUGUGAUGCCCUCUAUGCACCAUGCAGAGUCUGAAGCUCUUGGAGGACCAGGUUCUGGUUCUAGUUCCUACCCUGAGAAAACUGUUUCCAUUCUGAACGUGCACACAUAUGAGGCUCGCUCCUUUGGACUCAAUUUUAAGGAGAGCCUUGCCAGUCCAGAGGAUAUAGCUGCAACAGGUUUUGAUGAGAAUAAUGGCAAUAGUGUUCGUCGCAAGCGUGAGUUUACACCCAGCGAGAGAAAAGACGAACAUUACUGGGACAAGAGAAGGAAAAACAACGAGGCGGCCAAGAGAUCCAGAGAGAAGAGGCGAGCAAACGACAUGGUGCUGGAGAGGAGGGUCCUGGGUCUGCUGGAGGAGAACGCUCGCCUGAAGGCUGAGGUGUUGGCCCUCAAGUUUCACUUUGGGAUGAUCAAGGACCUGUCUGAAAUGUCUAUUCUGCCACUAUCCACACCACCCAGUUUGUCCCAAAACUCUCCCAGUAACACAGAUGGUCUCUCAUACUACAACACCCACCAGUCCUACAGCCAGCCUGUGCAGCAAGGUUCUCUCAGGACAGUGAUAUCUCCACAGACUGCCUGCGGAGACUCCAGCAUCCGUCCAUGUCUCCCACAGGCAGACAGUGCUAGGUUAUAUGAUGGCAGGCCUCCUCCAACAGGGGAUCAACAGGUCUGUGAGGCAGGGAGUGACAGACCAGACUUAUCCGAGGGUCUGAGGAGCCUCCCACACAAGCUCCGGUUCAAAAGUCCACCUGGUGGGGAGAUGUCUUCAUCACCUGAUAGUAGACCUGCUGGCCCACCUGUAGCCAAGGUGGAGCCAAGCAUCCAUAUAAAAAAUACCCAGCAGGUGGCAUGGGGUGGUCAGACAGGGGGUCAGGCUCCUUAUUCCAGGGAAGGGGCCUUCGGUGCGUAUGAGCAGCAGCAGAUCCAAGGAUCAUCCUGUGGGUACUAUGACUCCUCGUUUCUCCAGUCAAACAAGAAGGUCACAGGAGGAGAUGUGAGUCUGAAGUCGCAAAUCAGCAGUUUGUCUCAGGAAGUGGCUCAGCUCAGAAGGCUCCUCUCUCAACAGGUUCUUCAUAAAAUCCCCUGAAAAAAUCAAAUCCAGACGUUGGCAGAGAUCCCAUCCACUGAAGCGUCAGUUUAUAACCAGUUACCUCGGAAGCACCAAACCUUAUUUAUAACUCAUCUGUUUUUCUAUCUCUGGAUAAAAGUCCAGACAUUGGCUUUUAUAUCAUUUAGGCUUAAAAGGUUUGCAAGAAAACUCUUGGGGUGUGGUUAUUUUAAAAAAAAUGAUGUAACACUGUUUUCAAUAUUAAUUUCCUCUAUAUGGUUUAUUAGACAGAAGUGUUUCCUUUUUAAUUAUAAAAUAACUUGUGCAACUUGUACAGGUGUAACCACUAUAAUAUUUUUUUUGUUUUAUUCUGUCUGUUAUUGUCUAACUUUAGCAAAAGUCAUUCUUAGUUUCAAUGAGACUAUCUGAAGCUACCCAAACCAACCGGGCUGUAUGUGAAAAAGUAAUUGUUGCCCUUGUUGAAUUGUGUAUUAACUAUUAUAACCCACAUGUUAUGGUUCAGUUUCAAUAAUCACAGCCCUGGUUGCUUCCUGACCUGUAGAAUCACUUGAAUAGAACCUGUCGGUCGACAUGGAGUAGGCCAAAAGAUCUGAAAAAAUUAAAGAAUAGAUGAGACACAAAGUCGUUGACCUCUGUGAAGUUGGAAAGGGUUACAAAGCAAUUUCUACGGUUUUAGAGAGACAGCAAACCACAUUGUGAGGAUUUCUUCAGUAGUGGGAAAAGCAUGGAACAGUGGAGAACCUUCUCAGGAGUAGCCAACCUACUUUGCUACUUUAGAAUUUGAACGACUUAGAAUAAUUGGAGCCAUGAAUCCUGAAGAAAAAUGUCUGGCCCUCAGUCUAGACAUUAAGCUAAAGCGCACUGGGGUAAUGCAGCAGGUCAAUAAUCCAAGUAAAGUCUAGUCUUAAAUCCAAUACAGCUAAUGUGGCGUGAAUUUAAAUAGCCCAUUCAUGCUGAAAAUCUGUCCAUGGCUGAAUUAAAACAUUUCUGCAAAGAAAAGUUGGACAACAUUUCUCUACAGGGAUGUAAAAGACUCAUUGCCAGUUAUAACAAAUAACAAAUACCUGAUGCCAGCUGUUGCCAUUAAGAGUGGAACAGUUAUUAUUUUUAGAGGGCAAAUGCUUUUGUCAUGACCCUUCUGACAACUUUCGAUCCUUGCAGAAGCUCUCGGUUCAGCCGUCAGUUUGACCGUUUCUUUAAAUAAAGUUUGAUCAUUAUAAAAUAUUUAUUGCAAAAGCAUAAACAAAGAGAGCAAACUAUGUCAUAAGGUUUCACAAUAACUGAAGGUUUUUCUUUUAUGUUAGCAGGUGGACAAGUUGACCAAGUAAUUUAAGUUGGACAUUUAGUGUUUGAGCAAAAAAACUAUUUGUUUAGUUCGAUUAGUUAAUGAACUGAAGGUCAAUUGAUUUCCAUAAGUCAGAGUAGACGGCUGCUCGGACUUAGAACUUCUUAUACUUCAUUGGAUUCAUCCAUCCAUUUUUUAUGCCGGCUUCUUCUGUACAGGGUCACGGGGGAGCUGGUGCCUAUCUCCUUCGUGAGUUUGUUGUAAAUGAAAGGGCUGAAAGGUCAGCUUGAGUUUUGGAAGAUCCAGUUUGACUAAAUGCAUUUUCAAAAGUUUAAUUUGAAUGGAAUAAGAAAAUAUUGUUGGUUCCUAAUGUUUAGCAGUCUAAAAAGGCAGAAGUUUUGCAAUGGCCUCAGUAGUUAACUGGCCUUUAUUAUAUGAUUAAACAAAUGUUAACUGGUUCAAAAGAGCAGUGCCUUAUCUGAGAGUGUGUGAAAUCAAGAAAUGAAAGAUUUGCAGGAGACUGAAAAAUGCAUGUUAAUAUUUGCCAAAGACUGCUCCUUUGCUCUGACUCAGUGUUCAGAUUUAAAAAAAUCUUCUUGUUUGAAAGAGCUUGGUAUUGUGUCACAUUUAGGUAGGUGCAACUUGGAAACUGGGUCAUUUACUCUGGUCCUCUUUGGGAAAGGCAUCUAAAUUAAUUUGAAAUAUCAAUAAAUUUUAUUUUCUUGGUAAUUUAAGGCCAAUGUCAAAGCUACCCUUUAUUUCUAAAUUCAUUGAGAAGGUUGUUUAUGAUCACUUGAAGGGCUUUUUAAUAAAGAGGGCAUAAUAAAGAGGUUUUCCAAUUCGGUUUUAAAAUUUUAUACAGCACCGAAUCAGCUCUUUUAAAAGGUAAAUGAUAUAAUUUUAGUUAUAUCAGUUCUGGUGACGGAGUUGCUCUUGUCCUUCUGUAUUUAACUGCUGCUUUUGACACGGUGGACCACAAUAUUUUCCUGUCUUGUUUGGCUCAGUGGGUGGGCCUCUGGGAUACACCAAUGGACCGGUCCAGAUCACACUUGGAAAAUCGAACCUAUUGUGUUAGCCUCGGUGGUCAUGUAUCAUCUUCUGCUCCUUUAUCAUGUGGGGUGCUACAGGGCUCAGUUUUGGGACCCCUUCAUUUUCCCCCUAAGCCUGCUUUUGAUUGGCUCCAUAUUGGGGAAGUAUGCAGUGGUCUUCCGCUGUUAUGCGGAUGAUAGUCAGAAUUGUAUCCCACAAAAAAGAAUGAUGAAAACUAUGCUAGUUUGCUCCUGAAAUGUUUUGAAGACUUAAAGGCCAGGAUUGCUCUUAGCUUUUCAAAAUUCAACAAGAGUAAAAGUGAAGUCAUGGCCCUUUAGUGGCACACCUGAGACUCUUCUUAUUGAGUUUGGUUAUUUGGUCCGAUAUAGGAAGUCGGCAAUUACAAACUUUGGAGUCAAAGUGGAUGCUAGUCUUAAAUUUAACUGGCAGAUUAAGUCAGUCCUGAAGUCAAGUUUUUAUCAUUUAAAGCAGUUUGCCAAAAUAAAGCCCAUUCUUCUGUUACUGUUUGACUGGAUUACUGUAAUGCACUUUAUGUGGGGGUCAAUGGUUUCUCUAUUGCCAAAUGCUCUUAUCUAGCACACACAAAUAUGAGCAGAUUUUUCCCAUUUUAGUUUCACUCCACUGGCUCCCUAUACCUUUAGGAUUCAUUUAAAGUUCUUUUAUUUGUUUUAAGGAUCUCCAUGGCCUUUAUCCUUCUUGCUGCACCAUCAUGUACCCUCUCGCUGUCUCAGGUCAGCUGAUCAGCUGCUCCAUAGCAUGCCAAAAACAAAACACACACGUAAGGGGGAUGGUGCUUUUGCUGUGGCAGCUCCUAAAAUAUGGAAUUGCUUACUACUGCACAUUGGACAGGCUACAUCGCUGUUUUUGUUCACUUCCUAAAACUCCUCUUUUUGCCUUGGGACUUGACACCAUGUGAGAUGUUGAUUUUAGUCUGUGAGUUUAGGUUAGUUUUUACUGCAUGACUGGUUAUGUGUGUUUUUAAAGUACUUUGGAUAUUGGUAUUCUAAAUUUGUGUCUGUGUAAUGGCAUUUAUCACUUUGGUCCUUGUGGUAAUGUAAAGUGCUUUAUAAAUAAAGCUGGACUGGAUU